UACUUUUUGGGAAAUAAUGAAGAUUGAACGGGCAGAGGAGAGGCAGAGGUUGUAUGCAGAGUCAAUGGUACGAGAGGUCAUUGACCGCUACCUGAAGUACGAAUGCUCGAUGGCAGGGCACACGAUUUUUCACCUGGCUGCCACACAAGACAACGCAGAGGUCCUCUCGCACCUCCUCUCCAACUGCCCGAGCGCAAAUGUGAACAUCCUCACAGCCGAUGGCAGCGGAAUGACGCCUCUGCACUGCGCCAUCAGAGCGGAAUCCACGGAGACAUUCGACGUCCUGAUGUCCCACCGAGAAGUGGACGUGAACGCCGUCCUGAAAUCGAGAGUAGGUCUCGCACGGCCGCCAUGGACGGAACUGACAUUGUACACCUGGUGGACCCGGAAGAAAUCCGAACGGUUCCGAUUCUACGAGGCGAGCUGCGUGUCCGACACCCCUCUCCACCUCGCAAUUCGCUGCUGCAGCUCCUUCACUCUGCGAAGAAUGGUCAUGAAGUUCUGCAACCAUCCCCGAUUCCAGCCCAACAUCUACAACAAGUUUGGCGUCCUCCCGCUGGAUAUGGCCUGGCUCCCAUCCUCGUGCAGCUUGCAAUCCGGGAACAGCUCGAUCCACCUGCACUCGUCCUCGACAUGCUCGAGCGCCACCCGGGGAACGAGCUGCUCAUGAACGAGGUCAACAGCAUGAAGACGGGUGCUCUGAACUUCGUCAACACCGUGCUGGUCGCGGCCGCGCUGCUUGGAGGGGUAACAUUCAGUGCUCUGCUACAACCGCCAUUCGGUGCCGCCUUCGGUUACAAUGCCUUCUGGACGAGCAUAUUCUGGACCUACAAUUGCAUGUCCUUCUACUUCUCCAUGUACACGAUCCUGUGCUGCCUGGGCACGUCCAUCUCCACGCAGCAGCACAUGCAGCGCAUCACGGGCUUAUUCAUCAACACCACGUCAAGGUCUCUGCGCGUCUUCUACGACCAUGAGCAGGCCCAGCUCGUCAUCCCCCUCGUCUUCUGUGUCGUGUCCGGAAUGGUAGCCUUCAUCGGGGCGGGCUUUGCCAACCUGCCUCCGGACGCUCGAGUCGCCAUGCUGGUCUGCACGAUUGUGGGUGCUGUUUUCGUUCUCAUCCAGGCCGCUCACCGUAUCAUCUUCACGUUCAAGAACGCUUUACUUUACCUCGACCUCGAACCUACGGUCGAGACGUGGUUCCUGAAUAGUUUAAUGAUAGUAAUGAAGGCUUGGCUAGGAGCCUUAAAUAUUCAAUUUAAUUCCCGAAAGCUAUUAGUCAUGAGCUCUUCGAAUCCUUUAGAUCGGAACGAGGUUUUCACGCGGGGCAAGUUAUUGAUUCUUCCUCUCCACUUCUUGGCUAUUUUCGGCAUUACAUAUUACAUAUGGACACCCCUCUCCACCUGGCAGUUCGCUGCUGCAGCUCCUUGACACUGCGUAG